UUUAUUGCAAAUUGCUGCACCGCGCCGGCAGCACGCGCGUCGCCGCUCCGCGUGAUAACGGCGGUAAUAAACGCGAAAAAAAAAGAAAACAAACCGAGCUGAUCAUUCGAUCGAUAACGAAUCCGAUUCGAAACGAGGGAGUUUUGAAAAGAGCACUGUUUACAAAACACUUUCUUCAAACCGGCAUUCGGAUACCGCGAAUACUUACAAGUAUCGAAGAAUAUUGAGUUGCUUGCAGUAUUUAUAAGAUAUUACGGAAGUGUGCGUUAGUGGUUGAACUGGCAUGGCCUUUCUGGAAGGUCAAGGAAUAUUGGUGACUUUAUAGAUUAUGGAAAUCACUACUAAAUGAUGCGCUUGUGUCACAGCUGUGCAGUGAAUGAUAAACCAUCUAAAUUAUAUGUUUGAUGAUUCUCUUGAAAUUCGAAGAGGGAAUGAUGUUAGAAGUACCGGACAACAUAUCAGAGGCUAGUUUUGUUACUAGCGUGGAGGAAGCAUUGAGUCGCGACCAAUGCACCCAAACGCCGCCAAGUGGCAAGCCCAAACAGCGUUCGUUACAAAGGUACCACACGUCAGACCACCUGUACGAUCGGUCCCACAGAGCCUACAGACAGAAGCACGAGCACCGACCGAAGAGUUUGGGGCUGAGCGAUUCAUUCGCCCUGUUCGGGAAGCCACCUUACUAUGACAGCGACCCGCCACCAAAAUUUAAAGUAAAUGCAACGGACAGUCCUACAAUUUCGAUAACGCCAACACACAGUCUUGACUACGUUCCGAAGAACGGAGGAAGUCCGAACGGCUGUGCCACACCUAACGGAAUGGUCUCCAAUAAAUCCACUACGGCCGUGUUGCUAAGUCCUGGAUAUCUUAGCCCUUGUCAAUGUAACCAGUCAAUAAAAAGUAUGAGCGAGGUAGCGUUGACGAUGCCGACCUCACCAGGAUGGAACGAGGAGACGCCAGCGACAGGCACAGGCCUCUCAGAUGGUUUAUCGUGGAGAAGAUUACACAUGUCUAGAGCGAAACUCAAGGCGACUGCCACCACAUCGGAGUUACUAUCAGGUUUCGCUAUGGUGGCAAUGGUUGAAUUGCAAAUUAACGAACCCACGAACGUUCCUGAGUGGUUGUUCGUGAUGUUUGCCGUAUGUACCACUGUACUGGUAGCAGUCCAUAUAUUCGCCCUUAUGAUCUCCACGUACCUCCUACCUAAUAUAGACGCUGUGAGCAAGAUGGAGUCGCCCGGUGGGCCAGGGGUGGCGCUGAGGGAUUCACCCCAUGAGAGAAUGAGAGGGUUUAUAGAGCUGGCGUGGGCGUUUAGUACUGUUUUAGGUCUAUUCCUUUUCCUAGUAGAAAUAGCGAUACUCUGUUGGGUGAAGUUUUGGGACUACUCAUUUGCAGCAGCCACUGCAGCUACUGUCAUUGUCAUACCAGUGUUAAUAGUGUUCGUAGCGUUUGCGAUACACUUCUACCACUCACUUGUAGUACAGAAGUGUGAGACCUCCGUGCAAGACAUCGAGCAGCUGGAAAACAUGAAGAGGGAUUUGGACACAGCUACCGUUAAGGUCAACAUGUUUUGAAAACCUCAAAUACAAUAUAAAUCCGACUCUCCUGGAAAUUUUUGCAGUCGUGCAAUUUACUGGAAUAUUUAUUUUAUUUGUCAAGUAUAAUUAACAAUGUUCUUUGAAUCCGGUACAAUUUAAGAAAUUAGCAUCUGGUGAACGUGAAAACGGGCUUAAAUAUAGUUCUUUCUGCUUUCGAGGCUGUUACAGUUUAUUUAAUAGGUAACUAUAAAAUUUAAGAAGGAUUUAAAUACAGCUACAAAUUUUGAAAAGUGUGCAAUGCAUUUGAAUCCUAGUAUUUGAAUCAACAAUUUGCAAAUUGUACCUAAAAUUGCCAAUUAGAUAAUAAAACAUGCAGUAUCGGCCUCGUGAAUGGCACGAUUAAGAUCGUCGAGACUAAAGGAGCGUACGGAAUUUAAAAAAGUACGCCAAACGAGCGGACCUAAUAAGAAAAGUGAUACUGUUGGAGUGAAUAAAUUUUUUAUACUCAGGUGAGAUUGAAUCUCAGCCUUCGUUAAAAAUUAGCCCUGGGGCACGCCAGUAAAGGAUCGGGUUUAUUUUAGUAAUCAGGGGAUACAAAAAAUCGCCCAGAAGCUCCAAAUAGGUUAAGACUGACUCUAAAAACAUAAAAAUAGAAUAGAUACAAAUACCUGAAUACGAUCUGAAUAUAAUCCACUCUUCAAAUCCAUUACUUGUUGUCAACUAAAAAAUAUUCUUAGAUGUUACACAAUAAGUUCAACAUAUUUUGAGAAUUUCGAACAAUAAAUCCUGCACUUUGAAUUUCAUAAGGUGCAAAUUAUCAAACAGAAUAACUGUUAGAAGAAGCUUGUUGCCAAAUUUUAUGUUAUCAAAUUAUGGAUUUAUAAUCUUUGAAUUCUUAUAGAAAACUGUCAUCAUCAUCAUAUCGGCCUUUAACUGACCACUGUUGAACAACCAACCUCCCCCUUGGAGGGUUUUGCCAGUAAUUGCCACACUUGGCAGAAGAAUUGGCAAUUCCGAAAGAUUGGCAAUCGCAUUCAGACCUUAGAUAUGUUUUAAGAAGGACGUUCAGUCCGUCCCUUGCCCUGCCUUAGUCGGCUCUUACGACACCUACAAUAUAGGAAGGGUUGGUCUAUUUUAUGCCGGGACCACACAGCUAUAGAAAACUGUAAAUUAGAUAAAUUACAAAUAUCUUUAAAGCUAUUAUAAAUCAAUACAGCAACCAUAUUGGACUCCUGAUUUUUUCUCUAGAAAAUAUUUAUGAUCGUUUUGGCGUAAGGAAGUGACAUAUCCAUAGGAUCGCUCCUUAUUACAUUUAAUUCAUAUACUUCCUACCCACUCGACACCAGCUUGUAGCAAGUAGGUACAUCACUACGUAAUUCUAUUAAAAAAUUACACUGAUACAAAACAGUUUUUAAUUUUUUAAAAUUAUGAAGGUUUACACGUGACACUAUUGAUGAAAAUUAAUUUUAUGACAACUUACCGUAAAACUGAAUUUCAUAGCUGGCACUAGUUUCAUAUGGCAAAUUAGGCUUCCAGUCAGCAAUGCGUGAUAAGCCUAAAUAUGAAUGAGCAUUUUCCUGUCUUUUAGUAUUUCAAAAAUCUAUCAGUUCUUCCUUUCUUUUUAAUUAUUUCUUUUAAAUAAUAUCACGGCAUAAAACUUUUGAAGUUAUUUUGUAACAUAAUUAAAUUAUAAAGCUAUCGAUAAAUUUGAUGCUGGCAGCUAAAUAAUAAAAAAUAAUUUAGUUUAAAAAAUAGUUAAUAAAUUAGGGAUAUUUAACUUUUUUUAAUUAAAUAUCCACAUAUGAAAAUUUAUUUAAAAAAAAGAAUUUAUUUAUUAACAACAUUAAUAGGUAUGUGCAAGACUUUUCAUACUCACCUAUCGUCACUCAGUGGUGUCCCGACAGCGCGGACAGGGUUACCAUUCCACUAUCGUCCAUCAAAAAACCUGGCCACCCACUGUGUUUUUUAAAAUAGAAUGUUUUACAUUUCUGAUGUCGAUCCAUUUAUAAAUAUAGUUUACUUGCCAUAAUCAACGAUGAAAUUACAUAUAUAUUAAGUACUAAGGUUUAAUAAAAUAUGGAAAUAUUGUAUAUUAUUGUUAUAACUUGUUACAAUAUAUGCUGAUUGAUAACGAUUAAUAUAAAAAUGUUAAGAUAAUGUAAGAACAUGGUGCUGUAUAAAUUGUAAAUAGAUAUUUAAUUAAAUGUAAGUAAUUUAAAAAAAAAGUGCAAAAAUAUAAUAAAUAUAAAUUUAUAAAUAAAUAUAAUAGUUAAUAAUAUAAUUACUUAGGAUUAUUUUUAUUUAUGUAUAUAGUUUGAUAUUAAUAGUUAUAAUUUUAUUAGUUCAUUUCAUUAGGAUUAAGUGUAACUUAGAUUUGAUUUUAGACACCUGGUUUGAGUUGCAAGCCACCGAUUUACGGCAAUUAUUAAACUCAUACAUAUUUAAAUUAAAUAAAUACAUAAACUAAGCCAAGUAAUAAAGCCACAUAUUUUUAAUUGUACAUGCCAAGCGUGUGAAUUCCAGAGUCGGCAAUCAAUUCAAAUUCAUUCAAUGCCGCUUAUUUUUUUCUUUAUCCAAAAUGGAUCAAAAAGACUGGUGGUGAAUGUGACAAAGCAUCACAGAAUUGACUGACUCUUUAGUUAAGUACCUACUUAAAAUAAUUUCCAAUCCACCAAAGAAUCUUCCACAAUAAUAAUUCUUUAUUAGAUUCUUGAAAAUCCAAGAGAUACAGCUAUAUAUGUAUGUAUAACCAUAGAUAAUAUAUAACUAUACUAGUAAGACUAGUUAAUGCCAAUAUAGAGGUGUGCAAGAAAGUAUGAACAUGCCCACUGCGAUUUGAACUUAUCCCCCUCUCAAAUAAGCGUCAGCCUUAAGCGUCAGUAUACAAACUCUAUUUUCGCGCGCUAAUUGAUGUGAUUGAUUCUGCAACGUCAUGUCUCUAAACCUAUCUCUCAACCUAAUUAUUUUAAUUUUAUACAUUCGUGAAUAUAACUUUAUUUUACGGACUAAUGUAAACUAUAUUUUUAAUAAUUUUGACUUAAAUUUAUUAACAAUUUAGUCCAUAAUAAUAGCCUUUAUAAUCUAAGAUUGGUGCUAAAAAUAAAGAUUUCGCUGUAACAAUAAACAAAAAUUUUAAUUUUAGUAAUAACCUAUUACUACUAUUAAAGAAAUAGCGCGUCAGAAUCGACCCCAUUGUAUUCUUACUCUGUUACCACACAGAAAAUCUUUUUACCAAUGGGCACCGAUUGAUAAAAUUGUCCUCCGCUAAAAAAAGUAAGUAGUAGUAACUAUUAUAUGUCUAUUUAUUUAUAAAAAAUAAAAUAAAAUUGCAUAUUUACUAAUUUGGUUAAAAUUAAAAAAAAAUAUUCUCAAUUCCAUAGAAAAGAAAAGUUAGUUUUCUAAAGUUUAAACUCUACCUAAUUACAAAACGUAUCUUAUCACAAAAAUGCUGAACUUACAAGAGAUAGAUUUUUAAUCCACUUUUAGACGACUUACUACAAUAUCGUCUUUAACAUAUGUUCAAGUCUUAAGCAAAGAAAGUCUGUCUUAUUAAAAAUAAUAAGUAUUUUAAAUAAUAAAUCUUUAUAUAUUCACUUAAUUUUUUAAAAUUCUGUUUAGAUAAACCGUUUUAUACUCUCGUACUUGACCCAUAUUAAUUUUGUCCAUUAGAGCGGUUAUUUUGAAAAAUUUUAAUAUUGUGCAACAAUAAACGAAUGAUAGCAAAUGUUUAACAAGAAUUUAGAACCAAUUUCUUAUGUGGAUUGUAUAAUCAGUAUUUUAGGCGUAUUGAAUAAGUAUUAUUAUAAGUGAAAUAACUCAUAGCCUUUGAUAUUGUGAUCUAUAUGUAAUAAAAAUUGUUUUUAAUAUU